AUGCCUCAAGCACAGCCCGAACUCAAAAAGUAUCUCGAUAAGAGACUAUUCGUCCAGUUGAACGGUAGUCGCAAGGUCCUCGGUGUACUUCGAGGUUAUGAUGUCUUCCUAAACAUCGUUUUGGACGAGGCGGUGGAAGAGAAGGCUGGCGGGGAGAAAGUACGUCUGGGAAUGGUGGUAAUUCGGGGCAACUCGGUUGUCAUGCUGGAGGCGUUGGAGAGAAUCGGCGACGAUCAUCGCGGACCCAGACAUUGA